AUGAAGAGUACAACAAGUACAACCACAACCACGCCCUCGACUACGACAACCACGACGUCACAGGAGGAGGGACCGCCGGCACAGCCACGUCGUCUCUCCUCCUAUGACGAUUUGGGCUCCGACUACGCCUAUGGGUCUUUGAUGCACAUGCCUAUGUUCGAGUGGCACGACCAGGAAAGCGAGAGGCGACGGGAGCAGAAGGGGGAGAGCUGCCGCAUCCACGGCCACUUCGAUGUGAACAGGGUUCCUGGCAACUUCCACAUCGGCACUCAUGGCGCCUCCGUUCCAUCGUACUUGACAUUCUACGAUGAGCCGUCCCCUCCACAGCAGAAUAUGCGGCACACCAUCCACAAGUUGGCCUUUGUGGACACCGUGGAAAACUUUUUCGUGGACCUGAAGCAGCCCAUUGACAGCUCCUUCGGUAAGUCCUUACAGGCUUGA